AUGAAUGUCUUGACCAAAGUUGGCGCAGCGAGUUCAAACUUCGAUGUCGUAGGACUACUGGAAUCUGCAGCCAUUGUGUUACUUGUGGGCGGGGCUUGCAUUCUGGUAAUCGGAUUCUUCGGAUGUUGUGGUGCCAUUAAAGAGAGCCAGUGCCUGCUGUGCUUGUACGCCAUAUUCCUGCUGUUGAUAGUUAUUCUGGAGAUUGCAGCUAUUGCAAUUGCAGCUUCAUUCAGGGGAAAGGUUACCACGGAGGUGAAAUCGUUCCUCAAAGAGAGCAUUAUCAGCACGUAUCAGGGGAAGGUGGACACGAACGAGGAAUUCUCGCUGGGCCUGGAUUACGCCAAAGUGUAUUUCCAGUGCUGUGGUAUCGACAGCUACACAGAUUUCAACGGGGCAACUAAAUGGAACAGGGCAGUGAACCCAUUAAUUAAUUUCCCAAUGGAAAUCCCACCCACCUGUUGCAAACUAAAGGACAAGGACGCAUUCUUGAAAGACCAGUUAUAUGAUCCGAUUGACCCAAAUUGUCCCUACGUCCCGAACGACACCAAUUCCAAUAAGAAUACGGCGUGUUGGACCUCAAUUGAGGACUACCUGAAAAGUCGCAUCGGAGUCGUCAUCGGUAUAGCUGCCGGCAUCUUGGUCUUGGAGAUACUGUGUGUCGUGUUUGCCUGCUGCAUCAUCAGUGCUAUUCGAGAAGAGAAUGUUUAA